CUUCCGGUAGGUGUUGUGAAAACAUAAGCAGAAAGCUUUCGCUUCACUUGUGUGACUGUGUCUGUUCGUCAUUCAGUAGCGUUUGUGUGGAUGAGUUGUUUGAAUCUCCUGCAUAUUGCUACUCUUUAGGCCUUGCGAUCUUAGAUCGCUCGACUUUAUUGCGUCGUAGUAGUUUCCGCGCAAAAUAAUCGUCUGGCGCACUCACAGGACAUGGCAGAGACCGAUGGAGCUGGUGCCUCCUUCGCGGAACUACGCGACCCAGGCUGGGAUGAAUCGCAGCUAAGGCCGUAUACUUUUCCAACAAGACAGAUAUUGCGACUCUCGCAUACGGAUCCACGCGCCGAGAUGCUAAUAAAUAACGAGGAACCUGUUGUGUUAACAGACACCAACUUGGUGCACCCAGCCCUAAAAUGGGACAUACCCUACUUGCAAGAGAACAUUGGAAAUGGAGACUUCUCUGUUUACACAGCAAAUAAUCACAAAUUCUUAUAUUAUGACGAGAAGAAACUGUCGAACUUUGAGGACUUUGUACCCAAAUCUCGUCGAAUAGAAAUGAAAUUUUCAGAGUUUGUAGACAGGAUACACCAGGCAGAAGAGCAAGGUGGAAAUGAAAGAUUGUAUUUGCAGCAAACUCUGAAUGAUACAGUAGGCCGAAAAAUAGUGGUGGACUUCCUUGGAUUCAAUUGGAACUGGAUUAACAAACAGCAAGCUAAACGAAACUGGGGACCGCUUACCUCAAAUUUGCUACUCAUAGGAAUGGAAGGCAAUGUGACACCAGCACACUAUGAUGAGCAGCAGAAUUUCUUUGCACAAAUUAAAGGACAUAAAAGAUGUAUCCUCUUUCCUCCUGAUCAGUUUGAUUGCCUUUAUCCCUACCCUGUUCAUCAUCCAUGUGACAGACAGUCUCAGGUUGACUUCGAAAAUCCAGAUUAUGAUAAGUUUCCUAAUUUCAAAAAUACCAUUGGAUAUGAGGCUGUUGUCGGACCAGGUGAUGUUCUCUACAUCCCAAUGUAUUGGUGGCAUCACAUCGAGUCACUGUUAAAUGGAGGAGUAACCAUCACGGUGAACUUUUGGUACAAGGGGGCACCAACUCCAAAAAGGAUAGAGUACCCAUUGAGAGCUCAUCAGAAGGUGGCCAUUAUGAGGAACAUAGAGAAGAUGUUGGGAGAGGCCUUGGGGGACCCACAUGAGGUUGGUCCAUUGUUGAACAUGAUGAUAAAGGGCAGAUAUGAUCAUGGACUGAGCUGAAUUCUUUAGUGUCCUGCUAGGAUGGUCUGUUUAUUUGUAUGUGUGAAUAUGAUAAUAUGCUUGACCGUACAGUCAGACUGUUGAAAUGGCAAUAUUUUGGCAUUUUGUCCCAUUAUCACAUUAGUUCUGUGUUGGUGUAAGGAGAAUACCACUAAAAUCUUUAUUUGAUCUGUUUUUAAUAAGAGACCUUAUUCAUAUGUGUGAGACAUUACAUACUAACAGUUCUAUAGCAUUACCAGAAAGCACUUUUACACCACACAGAGCGCCUGUUUGUCAUUUUUUUUGUCCCAUGUUGGGACAAAGGUGCCAUAUAACAUAAUUAGACUCCCUUGGUUUCGAGUCUGCAGGAAUGCCUUGAGCAUAUCCUACUGUAUAUUUAGCUUAAAACUUACCAUCAUUCAUUCAUAUUGAACAGUUUUAAACUGUUAAUGGUAUCUUUUGAGAAGCAGUAAUGUCUGUGCUUGUUUCUGUUAGGAUAAAGGUAAUGCAGAACGCAAUGGUAGGCCAAUUUUUAAACGUAAGGAAUUUUUUAACCCUUUCAUACCUGACUCGCUGUGUUCAAUUUGUGAUCUUUUUUUCUUUUCUAUGUGUAUAUUAAGGCAAAUGUUUUAGUUUCUUUGUGUUAAAUGCUUCAAUGUACACGGUACCUCUCGAGUCAGAAAUUUAAUUCCGAACAAACUACACUUGCCAAGUCUGUGUUACUGUCUGUUAUUUCAAAAUAGUAAAAGAUAAUUAUUUUGAAUUGAACUUAUAGAAUUAUUAUAAUUUUAUGAUAUUUGAUGCAUUUUUAAAUGUGUGCUAGAAAGCUAAACAAGCAACACACUGGAAUUCAACAUGCUGUGUGCCAAAAUCACCCUCCAUGCAUGUUGCAAUCAUACCUGUGCUAAUGUUUUUGGCAUUAGUUUAAGUUGGGGUCAGUUAAACUGGCUUGACAUUGUUUUAGAAUAUCGAAGUGUUCAAUUGGUCUUUCUUAAGAUUGUAGUUAUCUACCAGGUCCUUUCAUUCAAGAAACAAAAAUGUCACAUUAAUAAAUCAUAGCACACACUGGCA